AUGUCUGGCACCAAUGAAGAUGAGUUCAUUGGCAACGAACGUCCUCGUUCCGGAUUCUUUCGUCGUUCGUUCUCUCCACAUUCGUUUGAUAAGUUACGCGAUGAAGAUAGUGACUACUUUUAUAAGCCCAAACGCGGUCCGUCGAGAAGUAAAUCAAAUAUUACAAUCACGCGACCAAUCAAACGGAUCGAAACGGUAACGACGCUGAUGGAACUGCUUUCCAAAGGCACACAUUCGAAUUCAAAUUCGAAAGUCCAGCUGAAUGAAGAUACUGAACAAGCAAACUUGUCGAAAAAGCUGGAUGGUCAGAAAUCAUCACCUUACUCGAGCUUUUUAUCCAUGGAUGGUGGCAAUUCAUCAUUGAAUAUUCCAUCUACUCUCUCGUCGACCUUUUCAUCACGUUGCAGUUCAUCAAUAUUAACGGCAGCCGAAAGUGAAUCUCCGACAGUUAUUAUUGCAGAACCCAUGUCAGAAUUAAUACAAAAAAUACCUAAUCCUUCCGAGGAGAUUCCAGAUGACGAAAAGCGAAUCUACUUGACAUCACCGUGUCAUGUGCCAGCUGUUGGAAUCAAUGUCACAACGGCCGGCGUACAUCUUGUUCUACUCGAACUUUAUCCUCAAAAUAUCGAUUAUUCGACUGUUAUUUUUCAACGCUAUCUCAUUUCUUUGAUUGUCAAUAAUGAACAUCAAAAUUGGUCGAUCUCGAACGUCGAAUUACGCUCGGCAAUUGAACAGGAAGUGAAUUUCCGUUUGUUUACACUCACACACGAAGAAUUCGAUCUUAUUCUCAUACGUUUACAAUCAUUCACUAAUUUCAAAGCAUCAAUCGCCUCCUCAUUCGUUUUAAACAUCGCUUUGACCGGCGAGCAAACAAACGAAUACGAACGCAAGAUUUCCUCGCGUUUAAACAAAAUCAAUUUGAAUUUCGAUAUUAUUCAAUACCGAAUUGAAUCCUACAUGAUUGGCUUAGACUUCUUUCUCGGAAAUAAGCGUUUAAUGCAUAGCGAUAAACAAGACGAGUUAAUCGAAGUUUUCGAUGAUAAACCAGUCGAAGACAAUCGCGAGAUUUAUCCGUAUAUAUUAGUUCAUGCCGAAGCAGGAAGCACAUUCUUUUACAUUGUUCAUACUUCAACCCGAUAUUCGGUACUGACAUCGAAUAAUCUGUGUUAUAAAACCUAUGCAAAUCUACUGAGACUGUUGCAGCCUGGAUUUGAUCUGAAAAACGAUGAACCGACAUUAUCUUCGACAACAUCGUUUCCAGUUCGCCGACCACCACCUGUUUCGUUUGAUUUUACACGUCAAGACCUAUGUAAGAACUGUCAUCGUUCAUCAACGACUUUCCCAACUGAACUACCGUUGACAAGUUUUACUCGCUUACCACAACGAUGUUUUCCAUACGACUAUUCCAUCUCAAAAACCCCACAUUAUAUCUACCGAGGUUGGUCCAAUCGACGAACAUUAUCUUACGACAAGAAUCUCGCCACCUAUGACGUUCAUACUCAAACCGAUGAUAGCUUCCUCGAGUCUUCAUCGUCACAGAUGCGUUUAGCAACACGUCGCUCCCUAUUAUCCAUGCUUACCAUGAACAUGGCCUUAACAUUGAAAUUAUUACUGAAGUUAUAUCCUUCCGUGCAUCAUUGCAUAUUAAUCGGCGAAUUCUUUCAAUUAGAGAAACAAGCUAUACCUGAUCUGACUUUGUUUAUGCGUUCAAUUCUGGGCCAGGAUACUCCGCAUAUCUAUCAAUUGAAACGUGAAUCGCUCAUAUCGGCAUUGGGAUGUGCGCUUCCACGAGUUUACUUUGAUGUUAUCGAUGAUAAGGGAAUCAUAGGGAAUGAUUGUAUUGAUUGA